AUGGGAGAGUCAGAUACUGAACAAUCGAUUUCGCACCAUAUUCGACCUUCCACUAUUGUUCCAUCUAACAUUACUCGUCCUGCUACUCAUACAGAGACAUUUCAAAUUCCACCCCAAUUCAUCAAUCUCAAUUUGAUAAGUUGUCAAUUCUCUGGGUUAGAGGAUGAAGACCCAAACGCGCACAUUGGCAUAUUCUUACAAAGCUGUGACACCUUCAAAUUCAAAGACGUUUCACCUUAUGCAAUCAAACUACAUUUGUUUCCGUUUUUACUUGUUAGGAAAGCCUGGAAAUGGAUUUCUGCCCAAGAAGGUGGUUCCAUAACCACUUGGGAUAUCUUAGUUGAUAAAUUUCUAAAGAAACAUAUUUUAGCUUCUAAGAUUAACAAGUUGAGAUAUAAAAUCCUUUUCAUCGAUUGGAUGGGGAGUCGUUUACUGAAGAAUGGGACCGAUACAACGAGAUCAUACGAAAAUGUUCUAAUCAUGGAUUAG